AUGGCCAGCGUGCAGCAGGGCGAGAAGCAGCUCUUCGAGAAGUUCUGGCGCGGCACCUUCAAGGCCGUGGCGACCCCGCGGCCCGGGAGCAUCAUCGUGGCCAGCAUCACGGCCCGCAGGCCGCUGCCCAGCGCUGGGACUCUCAGCUGCCUGUCGUACUCUGCAGAGGACAGGUGUCCUGAAAAGGCAAGUGGCAAUGCAUCCAAGGAAGCCUCUGCCACCAACGGUUGUGUGAAGGGGAAGGAGAGGCAUGACCAUGUUCGCCACCGGUCACGCAGCCGCUCAGGUGAGGGGCAGCGCACCCCGCCGCCAGCCCGGGGGAAGAAAAAGAAGAAGAAAUCCAGCCGCAAGAAGAGAAGGAGGUCUCCCUCCUACAGCCCCUCCCCUGUAAAGAAGAAGAAGAAGAAGAGCUCGAAGAAACGAAAAAGAAACAGGUUAUCCUCAAAGAAGAGAAGACACAGUUCUUCAAGCCCCAAAAGUAAGAGAAAGGAAGAAAGAAAACACAAAAAACACUCUCGUGGGCGGCACCGGAAAUCUCAUCGGCACCGUCACUGUCGCUCAGAGAGCUCCGAUUCCCACACCGCUAACUGCCGAAGCAGGCACGGAGCCAGGUCUCGGGAGGAAGGGCGCAAAACGCGGCGAAGACGCUCCCGGCACCAUUCAAAGGGCGCCGCAAAGCGAAGCUCCUCCGCAGAGGUUCAGGCCAGCCCACAAGCCAGCCAAACUCUCCCCCUCUACAGCUUCCUGCCUCCCAAGGAUGUAAUCUCUCAGUCAGGGUCUUCUGCUGACCUCUUUACCAAAACAGACAGCCCGCUUGGCAACCUAGCCAGCCAGAACGGAGAGUAUCAUGAAUAUGACUCAGGAAACGAUACUUCCUCCCCUCCCUCCACUCAAACGAGCUCCUCCAGGUCAAAGGACAGCCAGGAGAAACGAAGUCUAGUCCAUGAUGGCUUUGGCCAUGCCUUCUCGUCCGGGAAGCCCAAACUGGCCAACAGCGAUAACAGCUCUGAUUCAGGAAACUCCUUCACCAGUUGCUUUUCCCAGAGCAAGGGAACAGCUUUGGAAAAUCUAUCUCCAGAUGCCCAGGGACAAGACCGAAGGGGGUGCCUGUCUCUCUAUCUUGGCUGCUCGGAGAAGAAGCGACCGUUCCUGCCGUCCCCAGCGCACAGCUCCCCGCGGAGGCCGAGCUCCCGCAGCGAGUCCUACGCCAGCACGGGCCGCUCCUCCUCCGGCUCCAGCCACUCCAGCCGCUCCCGCUCCUCGCACCACAAGGCCUCCCCCAGGGACUCCCGAAGCAGGUCCUGCUCUUCAGGGAAGAGGUCUUAUUCACGGUCUCCUAGCUAUUCGUCCAAGUCCUGCAAAAAAAGUCCUGGGAGCAGGAGCUCGAGGCCUCGUCGGAGCCCCAGUUACUCCCGCUACAGCCCUGGCAGAGAUCGUGAUAGAGAGCACAAGUACAGCUCCAGUGAGAAGGAGUCGUACAGGGAGCGUGACCGGAGGCGGCGGCGGAGAUCCUAUUCACCCCUGAGGAAACGCAGGAGAGAUUCUCCCAGCCACCUCGAAGCUCGGCGCAUCACAAGUGCCCGCAAACGCCCCAUCCCCUACUACCGGCCCAGUCCAUCCUCCUCCAGCAGCGCCAGCAGCUAUUCCUCUUGGUACAGCAGCUCUAGCCGCUCCCCGAGCCGGAGCCGGAGCUACUCCAGCUACCGGACAAGCCGGAGCCGAAGCUGGAGCAGCUGCAGUGACAACGGCAGGAGCCGCAGCCGCAGUUCGGGCCCCAGAAGCAGCCGCAGCAGGAGCAAGAGCUGUGACUCAGGAGGCAGCACCAGGAGCCUCCGUCGGUAGGGAGUGCCGGCACCGGCGCACACGCCGAUGAUGUCUCCAAAUUCCUGGCAUUCUCCGCUUCCUUCCCACCUACUUGGCCAUUGAUAAUGAUCAUCCCCGACACUGAUGUGGUGGCAGGGCCGGGUCUCCCUUCUGCAAUUUCAAGCAAGAGCCCUCGUGCACUUGGCAUGGAGCAUUCCCAGAAGCAGGCAGGACCCUGCGCCGCUCUGCACAGCGUGGGAGGAUGGCCCAGCUCCCCAGGCCAGCACCAGAAGGAGGAUCAAGGCUCUAAAGAAGGUCUUUAAUGACAGGCCUGCUCCGUCUCAUCACUGUCCCUCCCAUACAGCUCUCCAAGCACUAGCAGUUGGUCUAAAAGAAAAAAAACCAGCCACUUGCUAUUGAGAAAUCCCAUCAAGCCAAGAGCCAUCAAAAUAAUUUCCAUUAGAGGGAGAGACACAGCUAGGGAGGAAUUGGGUGGAAGGCUUUGGUGAUGAGUGUGGUUGAUCUGCUAGGGCAAAUACUAAAGGCAAAUUUGGGCCUCUCCUUCAGAGUUUCUGUCCGCUCUGCAGCAGGCCUCCGCUAUGAGAGAUUAUUUAUUUGU